AUGGCCGACGAGUCGAUUCCCCCCGUCGCGGUCGGCGAGUCGGCUGGCGCAUCGACCGUUGCCCCUCCCGAGCCCGCCGCACCCACCGCGCCCGAAGCCACCGCAGUUCCGGCGCCAGUGGCAGCCCUGGCCGCGACAACGGCCGGCAGCGCGACCGGCACCCCAGGCCCCGGCACGGGCACGACGACGCCGCUGCUCAGCCCUGAGGAGAUUGAAAAGUCGCUCAAGGUGUCGCUGGCCGACAUGACGGCCAAGGCGACGGCCAUGUACGUGCACAAGAACUACGAGGAGGCGACUGAGCUCUUCUCCAAGGCGGCAGAGAUGCAGGCCGAGAUCAAUGGCGACAUGAACCCUGCCAACGCCGAGAUUCUUUUCCUGUACGGCCGCGCCCUUCUCAAGGUCGGCCAGUCCAAGAGCGACGUCUUUGGCGGCAAGGCGCCCGAGGCGGCAAAGAAGGGUAAGCCGGCGCCCAAGAAGGCCAAUGGCGACAAGGCAGAGGUCAAAGUCGCCGCCGAGCCUUCGUCCAGCGUGGCUGUCGAGGGAGCCAAGGCCGAGGAGCCGACUCCUGCAGAGAGGAUCACGGAGGAGGGCGUUGCCAUAAUUGCUGCUGAGGCGGGUGGCGCGAAGAAGGAUGCUUCUGCGGAGCCAAAGAAGCCGCUCUUCCAAUUCGAGGGCGAUGGAGACAUUGACGACUCGGAUGAGGAUGGAGAUGAGCAAGAGCCUGCCGAUGAAGAUGGUCAGGGUGAGGAGGAACUGGACGAUUUGGGAAAUGCAUACGAAAUUCUCGACAUGGCUCGUGUGCUCUUCGACAAGCAGCUGACUGCUGUCAACGAGGCGGCAUCAGAAGACAAGGGCAAGGGCAAGGAAGAGGGAGAUACUCCGUCGGUUCGGCACAUCAAGGAGCGCCUGGCUGACACUCACGACCUACUGGCCGAGAUCUCUUUGGAGGGCGAGCGGUUCCACGAUGCGAUUCCGGAUUCGCGCAAAUCGCUAGAGUACAAGAAGCAACUAUACCCUGAGGAGUCGGACAUACUGGCGGAAGCGCACUUUAAACUUUCGCUUGCCCUCGAGUUCGCAUCGAUUGUUGCGACGGAUGAGGAGAAGACGCAAGGCGUGCAGCAUGUGGACCAAGCCCUACGCGAUGAGGCCGCCACAGAGCUUGAAGCUGCCAUUGCCAGCACAAAGCUUAAACUCCAGAACAAGGAGGUAGAGCUUGCCACCAAUCAUUCUCCGGAGGACAACGAUGUUACCAGGGCACAGAUUGCCGACAUAAAGGAGGUCAUUGCCGACAUGGAGCAGAGACUUGUUGAUCUUCGCAACGCACCCAUGGACGUGGAUGCUAUGCUUGGCAAGGACAACCCACUGGGCGGAAUCCUCGGCGCCGCUCUCGGUGAGAGCGCAGCGCAGGUCGAGGCGCGCAUCGAAGCGGCCAAAAAGACGGCCACAGACCUGACAGGGCUCGUUAGAAAAAAGGCAGCUCCCAAGGAAGCUGAGGCAGAGGCCGAGGCUGAGGCCAAGUCUGACGGUAAUGCCGCCGAGACCAAUGGCAGCAACAAGCGAAAGCUGGAGGAGGACGAUGCACCAGCAGACGAGGCGAAGAAAGUUCGAACCGAAUAAGUGACGUGACGGGAAAAAGAAAAUUUGGUAGGGGAUCAUGUACGAAUAUGUCUAUGCUGAUGAAGUUUCAAUACCCUCUAGCACGCAUGCUUGUCUUGCAGCUUGCUCGAGUACUUUGUGUAAUAAUAAGCAACGGUUUUAGUCAUUUUAUUGGGAUUGCC